AUGGUCGCAGAGCUGGUUUUGGCCGUGAUUGCAACGGUGGAUGGCUGCAUCAGACUGGGUCGUCAGGCGUUAGACACAUACCGGGCGUACCGCGACACCGACGAGUCCCUCGACGACAAGGUUGUCGUCAUCGAAGGCCUAUGGGCCAAGUUGGAGACGCAGCUCACCUUCCUGAGUAAGGUGUCCGAGCACCUCGACGAGAAGCUGGCCGAGAGCCAGAUCAACCUACUGCAGAAGCUGCACGGCAAGCUGGUCCAAGUCACCUCGCAGAUUAAUCUGCCCGCGUCGACACACCGGCGAAAGCUGAAGCAUGCGCUCGUCAAGAAAAAGCUCGAUGAGCUUCUGGUAGAUAUGGAGACGUGGCAGGCACGGUUCGAUCCGACUUGGUUCAUCAUCACCCUCAUCGGGAAUAGAGUGAUUGAUGCCGAGCUCUGGGAAAGCAGGCGAGCCGAUCCUGCCAAGAAGGCGUUUGAUGCAAGCCCGCUACACAGCAUGCUAGCCCUGCGACACGCCAUUAGGCCCCGGAGCGACAAUGUCGAGCCCACAGACCGAAUCAACCUGAGCAUCAAUCUCGACUCGUCAGGGCUGAAAGACGCAAGAAUAACGCCUAUACCCUUCUCUUCAGCUCGCGUCGUCUUCCGCCGUGGCUCGGACAAGCUCCUCAUUUCCGAGACUGUUCACUCUCUGGGGGACGAUGAUAUUUCUCAUGUCAAACAAUCCGCUGAGGAUCUGGCGCGGAAGCUCAAAUGUGUCGAUUCUCGGACCUUUAGCCUGCUUCGGUGCUUCGGCAUCGUGAAACAGUACGACGAGUCGCAACGGAUCAAGUCCAUGGACAUGAUAUACUCGGCGCCAAAGACCCGCGCCAACCCAACCAGUCUACGCGGGCUUCUCCUGGAGCGAAAGCCCGUGAGCGUGAGCGCUGUGGUCAGGAUCGCCAGACAGUUGGUACAGUCCGUGAGCUACGUGCACGCCUGUGACUUUGUGCACAAGAACAUCAGACCGGAGAGCGUGCUGCGACAGGCUACCUGCGUGCAACAUCGCUACAUCAUGCAGCACGAUAUCUACAGUCUCGGUGUCUGCUUGCUGGAGAUUGGACUCUGGACGUCGUUUGUCUGGUAUCCCGAAAACAACGACGACGCGGCCCCCGUCCCAGGACUGGGCCUGGGCUUGGCGCUGUCUGACACGGACUUUGCCACGAUUGGCGCGGCAUCAAGGCUCCAGACCAAGGAGCACCUGGUGGGCCUGGCAAGGAAGGAUUUGCCGCCCAGGGUGGGCGACAAAUAUACCGAUCUAGUGGUGGUGUGCCUGACGUGCCUGGACCCAGGCAAUACAGCGUUUGGCAGUGAGCAGGAGCUUCUCGAUGAGGAUGGGAUCCUGGUGGGUGUGAGGUUCGUGGAAAAGAUACUCUCAAAAAUGGCGGACAUUUCUGUCUGACCGGGCAGUGAUGAGGACGCCGAUGACUCCAUGGGGUUUCCACGUAUGGUCCUUCCUGCAUUCCAUGAGGGUAUCCGAAAAAGAGCAAGUGACGAGACACGCGACGCAAUGAAACCAUCUGGCAUCGCUAAUUAAGCUCUGCAUCACGUCACUUUACGUGGAGAUAUGCACCACACGCAGGUAUUUUCGCAUCGUGGUCCCAUGGCAGUAUACUGUA